AGUCCUCACUCUGUGUUUUUAGCCAUUUAUUGCUACCUUCUCCUACCUUCUUUCCUUUAACACCCCCUUUUUAAAGUAUUUUUCAGUACUUUGAACUUUCUACUUUACAAAAAAAUUAAAAUAAAAUAAAAUUAUCAUUGUUAAAUUUGUCUUCUUCAACAUCACCUUCUUGUACCCCUUUACCUUCCCCUCCACAAUUUUUUUUUUAUAGCCAUUGUGUUCGGAUCAGUUUUCGCACAUUUUUUAAGUUGUGGGGAAAAAAGAAAGUGAAAAUGGAUAGAAAUGAAGAAAUUACAUUGACCCAAAUGAGGAAAUCAGUUGAAAAGCUUGGAUCUUCUACUGAAAGUUAUGGAGAGAAGACAUUAAUGAGGUUCUUGAUUGCAAGAUCAAUGGACCCAGAGAAAGCUGCAAAGAUGUUUUGUCAGUGGAAGAAAUGGAGGGCUGAGAUGGUUCCACUUGGCUACAUAUCUGAUUCUGAUGUUGCUGAUGAAUUAGCAGCUGAGAAAGUUUAUUUGCAAGGAUUGUCCAAGAAUGUGCACCCUGUUGUAAUAAUCAAAGUUAACAAGCAUUUUCCUUCCAAGGAUCAAAUUCAAUUCAAGAAAUUCGUGGUUCAUCUACUAGACAAAACAAUUGCAAGUUCGUUCAAAGGCAGAGAAAUAGGAAAUGAGAAGCUUAUUGGAAUUCUCGAUCUCAAGAAUAUUACCUAUAGCAAUGUUGAUGUUCGUGGAAUGAUCACUGGUUUUCAGUUUUUACAGGGAUAUUACCCUGAACGCUUAGCGGCUUGUUACCUUUUACACAUGCCACAAUUCUUUGUCACUGUAUGGCGAUUUAUUUGUCGCUUCAUUGAUAAAGCAACUCGAGAGAAGAUCAGGAUUGUUACGAGUGAAGAACAAAGGGAACAGUUCAUCAAAGAUGUCGGUGAAGAAGUCUUGCCGGAGGAGUAUGGAGGGCGCGCUAAACUUGCACUUCUGCAGGAUGUUGCUGUGAACUACUAACACAAUAUAGAGGAAUAGUAGAAAUUGGAAAUAAGAUGAAAAGAAUAGCUUCAUAGACACUAUUUAGUAUUUAUGUUAGAGAUAAGCAUCCAGUACCCCUCGGAACAAUGACCAAAGUUGUUACGACUCACUUCAACGUUACAAGGAUCCUAUUACACCCCGAACUCAAUUAUAGUGUAUUUUUGUCACCCUUUCAUACUGACGUGACAUCUUUAUUACAUAAAAUAGAGCCCAUGUCAGCUAAAAAGGUUGAUAAAAGUACGCUAAAAUUUUAGCUCAGGAGGGUAAUAGGAUCCCCGUGAAGUUGGAGUGUGUCGUAGCAAAUUUGGUCAUAGUUCAGGAGGCUACUAGAUGCUUUACUCUUUAUGUUGUUCAUAGUUUUACAUCUUGUUUACUUCUAGUCAUAUAACAAAAUGCAUAUUUCUGUGAUACUCAAAACCCAAUGUGUUCGGCUUGACUCAUUUCGUGUCAAGUCAGGACCAGACAGAGUAUGUAUUUUAUUUCUAUAUUAUUAUUGACUCCCA